AUGGCUUCCUCUUUGCUCCACUGCUCCGACAAGCUCCCGUUCAUGGACGUGGAGACCAUCCUCCACAUGAAAGAAGGCCUCGACGAGAGCAGCUACGCGCAGAACUCCUCGCUCCAGAAGAGGGGCAUGGACACCCUUAAGAGCCUCAUCGUCAACUCGGCGACGGACGUGUACAUCUCCCAGAUGCCGGAGAGGUUCACAGUGGCCGACCUCGGGUGCUCCUCGGGCCCCAACGCGCUCUGCCUGGUGGAGGACAUCAUCGGGGGCGUCGGCAAGGUCUGCUGCCGGUCGUCGCAGCCGCCGCCCGAGUUCUCGGUGCUCCUCAACGACCUCCCCACCAACGACUUCAACACCAUCUUCUUCAGCCUGCCGGAGUUCACCCACAGGCUCAAGUCCGCCGCCAAGUCCGACGAGUGGGGCCGGCCGAUGGUGUUCCUGUCCGGCGUGCCCGGGUCCUUCUACGGGAGGCUGUUCCCGAGGACCAGCGUGCACUUCAUCUGCUCCUGCUCCAGCCUGCACUGGCUCUCCCAGGUCCCGCCGGGCCUCUUCGACGAGGCCAAGGCACCGAUCAACAAGGGCAAAAUGUACAUAUCGAGCACGAGCCCGCCCGCCGUGUCCGUGGCCUACCGGAGGCAGUUCCAGAGGGACUUCAGCCUGUUCCUCAAGUCGCGCGCCGCCGAGGUCUUCCCCGGCGGGCGGAUGGUGCUGGCCAUGCUCGGCAGGCAGAGCGACGAGUGCGUGGACAGGAGGACGACCUUCCUGUGGGAGCUCCUCUCGGAGUCCUUCGCGGCGCUCGUGUCGCAGGGGCUGGUGGAGCAGGACAAGGUGGACGCGUACAACGUGCCGUUCUACGCGCCGUCGCUGCAGGAGAUGGAGGUGGAGGUGCGGCUGGAGGGGUCCUUCAGCCUCGACUACGUGCAGACGUACGAGAUCAACCUGAGCAGCAGCGGCGACGCCAAGGAGGACGGCAGGACGGUGUCCAUGGCGAUCAGGGCCAUCCAGGAGUCCAUGCUCAGCCACCACUUCGGCCCGGACAUCGUCGACGCGCUCUUCCACAAGUACACGCAGCUGGUCACCGAGUCCAUGGAGAGGGAAGAGGUCAAGAGUGUCCAGAUAGGGGUAGUCCUCACCAGGUUGUGA